AUGUCUCUUUCACCCUUUCAAGCACCCAUGUCACACAUCUUCUAUGGCAUCCAGCUCGGUACAAUCGACUCCUUGGUCCUAGUCCUCCUCAUCACCAUCACCACCGCUAUUCCCGAUCAAGAUGGGCGACUAUUCUGCCGCGGCAUCCUGUUUUUCGUGUUCCUGUGUUUUCAGCUAGCUGUCGGUGGUGUCAGUGUGGAGCAAGGCAGAGAAUUCUGGAAUCCUGUUCUGGAAGUCGGAUAUGUGGUUUUGGGAGUUAUGAUUGGUGCGCUGGCGGUUUAUAAGGUGUAUGGCGAGGUUGUUCAGAGGAUUGAGGAGGGAAAGAAGGGAAAAGAGAAGGCACGACAAUGA